AUGACUGGGAACCGUCGAGCUGCCCCGGUGGCACUGGGCACCCCAACUACAUCUACUCAUUUGCCAAAUGCCACAUCCAUCCCAGGCCAGGACCAAUCUGAUAGCCACAGUCCCAACAAGUUCAUGAGUGAACUGCACAGCACCCACAUGCCAUCAUGGGCGGUUGCUGCCCUUUGUAUUGUGAGUUUGUGCGUGGUGCUGUCCUGUGCCGCGUGUGUGUGGAAGAAGUGGUUGAAAAAGGACAAGGACAAGGAAAAGGGAAAAGAGAAGAGCAAGGGACACUCUGACACUGAAAUGAAUGGAGGUUACAAUGAGACGCCGAAAAAUGAAGUUAACAAAGAAACAGAGCUGUCAGAUAAUGAGCCCAAGGAGGAAGAGAAAUUGGGCAGACUACAUUUCACGUUAGACUACAAUUUCACAGAAAAUACGCUGGUAGUAGGCAUCCUCCAGGCAGCAGAGCUUCCUGCCAUGGAUGUGGGAGGUAGUUCUGACCCUUAUGUCAAACUCUAUCUGUUCCCGGACAAAAAGAAAAAGUUUGAAACUAAGGUUCACAGGAAAACUCUUGGACCGAACUUCAAUGAGACUUUCACAUUUAAGGUACCGUACACUGAGCUGGGUGGCAAGACGCUGGUGAUGACUGUGUACGACUUUGACCGUUUCUCAAAACACGAUGCGAUUGGAGCGGUAAAGAUACCCAUGAGCAGCUUGGACUUCAGCCAGUCUCUGCAGGAGUGGAGGGAUCUGCAGAGGGCAGAGAAAGAGGAGAGCGAGCGGCUUGGAGACAUAUGUUUGUCCUUGAGGUAUGUGCCUACUGCAGGGAAGCUGACUGUGGUGAUUCUGGAGGCCAAAAACCUGAAGAAAAUGGAUGUGGGUGGAUUGUCAGACCCUUAUGUGAAGAUCCACUUAAUGCAGAAUGGGAAAAGACUCAAGAAAAAGAAAACAACGAUAAAGAAGAACACUUUGAACCCUUACUACAAUGAGUCAUUCAGCUUUGAAGUGCUAUGUGAACAGAUAGAGAAGGUGCAGGUAGCGGUGACUGUGUUGGACUAUGAUAAGAUUGGGAAAAAUGAUGCCAUUGGGAAGGUGUUGCUGGGCAAUAACAGCACUGGGACGGAGCAACGUCAUUGGUCAGAUAUGCUAACCAACCCCCGGCGGCCAAUAGCCCAGUGGCACAGCCUAAAACCAGAAGAAGAGGUCAAUGUGCUAAUUUCCAACAAGAAAUGA